CUGUCAGCAGAAGGAGGGGGUAGGACCUUGAGGAGGGGCGCCACGGCGCUGGUGGAGGCUGCAGCUACGUUCGCGCCUGCUCGGCUCCCUAGGACGCGUCGGGCUCCCGGGGUCCGGGGUGGCUUCUUGCUCGGAUACGAGCUGCCCGGCCUUCAGUGAUUGCAGGCAGACUUCGCUACUGCUUCUUCUGCCGCCCCUCACCAGCCUUUGUAGUGCCCUGUGCCCUUGGAGGAGAGUCAGAGAAGAAGAGCCUGGGCCAUCUCCGCUCCUUUGGCACAAGAGAUCACUGCCCUCCGGAAACGAUGGUUGUUGCUGGACCCAGCUGGGACUCUGCCAGGCUCCAGUGCUCAGUCUAAGGAAAGGGCCCUCUUCCAGCCCUGCUCUCCCUGCCUGUCAUGGCCACACUCAGCUGCUGCCUGCUUGCCUGGGGACAUAGGGCACCCAGCCCCAGCGCUGAGAGGUUAAACCAGGCCCUCUCACUCCAUUUCACAGGGGCACUCUGGGCACCAGUCCCCUUUCAGACCGAGAGCAACUGAUGCCAUGGGAGAAGCCCCUGCCCAUCUGUUCACUCACCUGGUACUGCCUGCUCUGAGACCCCUACACGGGUCGCCCUGGAGGUGCCAACCCAGUGAAACCCUCCCCUGUGCCCUGACACUGAGAAGGCCCUGCCCACCCCCACCAUGUGUGAAGUGAUGCCCACAAUCAACGAGGGGGACCCCCUGGGGUCUCCCCAUGGAACGGAUGCUGACGCCAACUUUGAGCAGCUGAUGGUGAACAUGCUGGAUGAGCGGGAGAAGUUGCUAGAGUCCCUUCGGGAGAAUCAGGAGACUUUGGCGGCGACACAGAGCCGGCUCCAGGAUGCCCUGCAUGAGCGAGACCAGCUGCAGUGCCACCUUAACUCUGCCCUUCCCCAGGAGUUUGCCACCUUAACCCGGGAGCUGAGUAUGUGUCGGGAGCAGCUUCUAGAGAGGGAGGAAGAGAUAUCAGAGCUGAAAGCAGAGAGGAAUAACACAAGGUUGCUUCUGGAACAUCUGGAGUGCCUAGUGUCCCGUCAUGAGCGGUCACUGAGGAUGACUGUGGUGAAGCGUCAGGCUCAGUCACCUUCAGGGGUUUCCAGUGAGGUGGAGGUGCUGAAGGCUCUCAAGUCACUGUUUGUGCACCACAAGGCCCUGGAUGAGAAGGUGCGAGAGCGGCUCCGGGUGGCCCUGGAGAGAGUGACCACCUUGGAAGAGCAGUUGGCAGGUGCCCACCAGCAGGUGUCUGCCCUACAGCAGGAGGCAGGGGUUCAGGAUGGAGUGGCAGAAGAGGAGGGGACUGUGGAACAGGGACCGAAAUGCCUGUGGAAGCAUGACGCGGGCCAGGUAGAAGAGCUGCAGGAGCUCCUGGAGAAGCAGAACUUUGAGUUGAGCCAGGCCCGGGAGCGACUGGUCACCCUGACAGCAACCGUGGCCGAACUUGAGGAGGACCUGGGCACGGCCCGCCGGGACCUUAUCAAGUCGGAGGAGCUGAGCAGCAAACAUCAGCGGGACCUCCGGGAAGUGAGCAAGGGCCUGGGCCCGACCCUAUCUUUCUGGGUGCAGGCUCUAGCCCAGAAGGAGGACGUGGAGAAGCGAAUAACCACACUGGAGAAGCGCUACCUGGCUGCUCAGCGUGAGGCCACAUCGAUUCAUGACCUCAACGACAAACUGGAGAAUGAGCUGGCCAAUAAGGAGUCCCUGCACCACCAGUGUGAGGAGAAAGCCCAGCAUCUGCAGGAGCUACUGGAGGUAGCAGAGCAGAAACUGCAGCAGACGAUGCGCAAGGCUGAGACGCUGCCAGAGGUGGAGGCUGAGCUGGCCCAGAGAAUUGCAGCCCUCACCAAGGCUGAAGAGCGGCAUGGCAGCACUGAGGAGCACCUGCGGCAGCUGGAGGGACAGCUGCAGGAAAAGAACCAAGAGCUGGCAAGGGUGCGCCAGCGGGAGAAGAUGAACGAGGACCACGGCAAGCGACUGUCAGACACCGUGGACCGACUGCUUAGCGAGUCGAAUGAGCGCCUGCAGCUCCACCUCAAGGAGCGCAUGGCGGCCCUGGAGGAGAAGAACACACUGAUCCAAGAGCUGGAGAGCUCCCAGCGGCAGAUUGAAGAGCGGCAGCAUGACAAGGGCCGCCUGUCUGAAGAGAUUGAGAAGCUGCGCCAAGAGGUGGACCAGCUGAAGGGUCGAGGAGGGCCAUUUGUGGAUGGCAUCCACUCCAGGGCGCACAUAGGCAGUGCAGCAGAUGUGCGGUUCUCCCUGAGCGCAACCGCCCACGCACCUCAAGGUCUGCAUCGUUCCUACUCAGCACUGCGGGAAGAGUCUGCCAAGGACUGGGAGCCAUCUCCACUGCCUGGGGUGCUGGUCCCCACAGCCACCCCUGCCUUUGACAGUGACCCUGAGAUCUCUGAUGUGGAUGAGGAUGAGCCAGGGGGUCUGGUGGGCUCCGUGGACGUUGUCUCCCCCAGCAGCCACUCAGACGCCCAGACCCUGGCCAUGAUGCUGCAGGAGCAGCUGGAUGCUAUCAACGAGGAGAUCAGGAUGAUCCAGGAAGAGAAGGAGUCCACAGAGCUCCGUGCUGAGGAGAUUGAGACACGAGUGACUAGUGGCAGCAUGGAGGCCCUAAAUCUGACCCAGCUGCGCAAACGUGGUUCCAUCCCCACCUCUCUGACUGCCCUGUCCCUGGCCAGCGCAUCCCCUCUGUUCAGCGGCCGCUCCACACCUAAGCUUACUUCCCGCAGUGCUACCCAGGACCUGGACCGAAUGGGGGUCAUGACCUUGCCCAGUGACUUAAGAAAGCAUAGGAGGAAGCUGCUGUCACCAGUGUCUCGGGAAGAGAACCGAGAGGAUAAAGCCACCAUAAAAUGUGAGACUUCUCCUCCUUCCUCACCCAGGACGCUGCAGCUAGAGAAGCUUGGCCACCCAGCCCUGAGCCAGGAAGAAGGCAAGAGUGCUUUGGAGGAUCCAGGCAGCAACCCCAGCAGCAGCAACAGCAGCCAGGACUCCUUGCACAAGGGCACCAAGCGCAAGGGCAUCAAAUCAUCCAUCGGCCGCCUGUUUGGGAAGAAGGAGAAAGGCAGGCUGAUCCAGCUGAGCCAGGACGGAGCCACCGGCCAUGUUCUGCUAAUAGACUCUGAGCUUGGUCUGCAGGAGCCCAUGGUACCUACCAAGCUGGGGACCCAGGCAGAAAAGGACCGGCGGCUGAAGAAGAAACACCAGCUGCUUGAAGAUGCCCGCAGAAAAGGAAUGCCCUUUGCCCAGUGGGACGGCCCUACUGUGGUCUCCUGGCUAGAGCUCUGGGUGGGGAUGCCUGCUUGGUAUGUGGCAGCCUGCCGGGCCAACGUCAAGAGUGGGGCCAUCAUGUCAGCCCUCUCGGACACAGAGAUCCAGCGGGAAAUUGGCAUCAGCAAUGCCCUGCACCGGCUCAAGCUCCGGCUGGCUAUCCAGGAGAUGGUGUCGCUGACCAGCCCCUCUGCCCCGCCCACCUCCAGGACUUCUUCUGGGAAUGUCUGGGUCACCCAUGAAGAGAUGGAAACUCUGGCAACAUCCACUAAAACAGACAGUGAGGAGGGCAGCUGGGCUCAGACCCUGGCCUAUGGGGACAUGAACCACGAGUGGAUUGGGAACCAGUGGCUGCCCAGCCUGGGGCUCCCCCAGUACCGCAGCUACUUCAUGGAGUGCCUUGUAGACGCUCGCAUGCUGGAUCACCUCACCAAGAAGGACCUGCGGGUCCACCUGAAGAUGGUGGACAGCUUCCACCGAACCAGUCUUCAGUAUGGCAUCAUGUGUCUGAAGAGGCUGAACUAUGACCGGAAGGAGCUGGAGAAGAGGCGGGAAGAAAGCCAGCAUGAGAUCAAGGAUGUGCUGGUCUGGACCAACGACCAGGUGGUUCAUUGGGUCCAGUCUAUUGGGCUCCGGGACUAUGCAGGAAACCUGCAUGAGAGUGGUGUGCAUGGUGCUCUGCUGGCCCUGGACGAGAACUUCGACCACAACACGUUGGCCCUGGUCCUCCAGAUACCCACGCAGAAUACCCAGGCACGCCAGGUGAUGGAAAGAGAGUUCAACAACCUGUUGGCCUUAGGCACAGACCGAAAACUGGAUGAUGGGGAGGACAAGGUGUUCCGCCGCGCACCCUCCUGGAGGAAACGCUUCCGGCCGCGAGACCACCAUGGCAGCGCCAUGCUCAGCGCCUCUGCCGAAGCGCUCCCGGUAGGCUUCCGCGUGUCCACCCUGGGGCCAUUGCAGCCUCCACCGGCCCCGCCAAAGAAGAUCAUGCCUGAAGGCGCGGCCGGGAAGGCCCCACGGGCGAGCUGUGCGCGCACUAACCCGCCGCUCUGUGUUCUCCCGCGGCUGCCGACUCCUCCCAGCCGGGACGGCGGGGGCGCAGAGACUGGAGACCUCCACGGUUCGGACCUACUCCUGCUGACCCCGCCUCCCGCCCCGGGUCUGACGGGGCUGUGCCCGUGGCUCGGGGUAAGUGGGCCAGGCCCUGGGCACGGGCGCUCUUCGGCCCGCCCUCCGCCCGCACAAGGCCUCCCCGCACCUGUCCCUGGCCUCCGGCCGGCAGUGCCGCUCCCGCCCUGCUCGCGCCCAGUGCCCGGCUUACCCCUUCUGCUUUCUUUGGCCUUGGGCGCUUGGAGCUUGCGAGCACGCCGCAGAUACCUUGCAACCCGUCUCUCAGGGACUCACUGCCAGCUCACCGCGCAACGCCUGUCUCUUUCUCUCUCUCUUAGCACACUCUCACUAUCUCUACGGACACAUGCUCUCCGCCUUCCGGGACUAGCUACAGCCCCCAAGGCCAGCUUCCUUCUGCUUGGUUUCACAGGCUCGGAGAGCCCUUAACCCUCCUGCUCGGUCCCCUUACUCCCACGGCUCCUAGUCUCAUAUCUCAGAAUAUACUGUCUACCCCCUAGCCAUCCCUCUACCCCAGGUGCAACGUGUGUCCCUUGUAAGGCUCUCCGGGAUGUGGCUGGGUUUCCUGGUGUUGUGGAGGCAACCAGGUUGUCCAUGCUUGUGGGUCUGCGGGAGGGAGGGGAAGGCAGCCCAAGAUGGAUGGACUCCACCUUCCCUCUUCUGCAUCUAGCUGGUCUGGACUGCAAACUCCACCAGAGACCAGGACACAGCGUCAAGGGCUGGGGAUGGCCCUUCCGAGAAAACGGCACUCCAGACUGCCUUGCUUGGGUUAUUGGGCUUUCUGGUUUCUGUCCGCCUCUUGGUUGUACUAGAUGGUCUACAGCUGCUCUUGGCACCUUCACCAUUAUCCCUCCCCCAACUCAUCUGCAUAGCUGCAGCUCCUGCCUCACCUCCAGGACCUCCUUGGGGGCUGGGAAGGGCUGUAGAAGGCCCCAUUCUUCCUCAGGAUGAUGAACCUGGGAAGAGGGAAGGCUAAGGUGGAGAUUCUAGGCCCUGGUUUAAGUUGAAUCCCAAACACCAAGCAUAAGGAUGGGGAAACUCAGCCCUCCUGCCCAGUGAGAGGUGCAGGCAGGUCAGCUAGAGGGAGAGCCAAUGGCCUGUGGCAGCCUUAAGCCCAGAUGGCAGCGGGAAUGCCUCCUGCCCCAGCUGUAGGGUAGCGCUGCUGCUGGGCUGGGGGGAGAGGGAACUGUGUGGAUCUUGGCUGUGGAUCAAGCUAACCUUGCACUGCCAGCUAUGCUCCCAGGAUUCCUUCCCUUUCUGUCCCCCUCUGCCCCACUUCUUUGAUAAUUCCAGCCCCGUAAGAAUAUACCUAAUGGGUGGAUUGAGUAUAUACAUUGACCUUAAAGUCUGGUUUGGGAAAAAGGUAAUCUGAGGCUUCCUUCCUCUGAUCUCCCAGGAAGAAAAUAAAGAUUCCCCUGUAGUGAAUCAUGUCCUAGGUCCAGGAAAUCCAGUGUUGGUGAAGACUGUCAUUCUCUUGCUUGUCCCCACACCACUACCCCCUUGUUCAGGGCUCUUUUGGUGUGCAGGGACUGCUUCGUCCAGAAAUUCCUGAGACCUGCCCAGUUUCAGUUGCUUUCCCCAGUAGCACGGCAGCAUCCAGGGCUGAGGGAUACAGGUCCCGCUUUGGUAGGAAUGUUAUUUCCAAGAAAUCCCUCUUCUUAACCCAUGUACUCAUCCUGCCAAGGUGCCUGGAAGUGUUUGGGACCCAAGUUCAGGGUGAGCUGAUGGAACCUAAGGUUUCAUCCAAAUAAAAGGAGAGGAAAAGUGCCUGAAGCAUGUUUCCUGGAGAGGAGCCAGUGAAGCGCCACCCUGCAGGUGGCUGAGCAGCUGGUUUGCAAGCUGAUGACUUGGAUUCUGAGUGGCGGCUAGGCUAGCAGGUGGGAUGAUGGGUCAGAGCACCCUGUCCAGAAGGAGUGCUGGAGCCUGGGGCAGUACCAGGCUUACAGGUUUCUGCUGCUUUUCAGUAGAGGAGAGGUCCACCAGUGGUGGGGCUAGGUGGGCUCCCAUGGGUAUGGGCAAGGCAUCCAACUUCCCUUGCUCUCCCUCAUUGUUCCCUGCACUUCCUGUCUGUCAGGCCACUGGGAAUGGAGCUGGAGUUCUUGAGCAGAAAAUAAGUUGGAUGGAGAGAAAGAGCUCCUAUCCCUGGGUAAUGGAUGUUAAGAUUAUGGAGAAACCCCAGAUUCCUAAGAUUGGUGAAGUUGGAGACCACAAGGCCAUCUGACUCCUUCAGGGAACUCUGAUAGGCUAGCAUAGUGGGAAAUUCAGCCCCAGCCUCUCCUCUACAACUCAACCCUAUCUUAAUUAGUCAUGUCAUAAGGCAGCAGCUGGCAGGACCCAGGUCUGUUCGGGGCAUCUUGGGAUUAUUGCAGGGAGGUGAUGCAUACAGUGAUGGAAGGCUCUUGUCUUGGUGUAUCCCUUGCCUCACAGUCAAUAUACUUUUUAUUUGGGGAGUCACUUGUGACCCAUACCCCCUCACCAGCUUCCUGUAUCUUUUCAGGUCCCUUCUCAGUACCGUACUACCGACACAGUGCAUCAGGAAUGGGUGUAUGGGUCUGUAUGAGUGUGAGAGUGUGUGUUUGUGUGUGUGUGUGU